AUGUCCGCCGCCGUCGCCACGCCCGUCCCGGCUCCCUCGCUGGAGAAGAAGCCGAUCAAGUUCUCUAACUUGCUUCUCGGAGCCGGCCUCAACAUGUUCGAGGUCACCACUCUUGGGCAACCCCUCGAGGUUGUCAAGACCACCAUGGCCGCCCACCGUGGCGACGGUUUCAGCUCCGCCCUCGGCCGCAUCUGGAACCGAGGCGGCGUUCUCGGCUUCUACCAGGGCCUCAUCCCGUGGGCCUGGAUCGAAGCCUCGACAAAGGGCGCUGUCCUACUCUUUGUCGCCUCCGAGGCCGAGUACUACGCGCGGAAUGCCGGCGCCAACGAGUUUGGCGGAGGCAUCAUUGGCGGCAUCACGGGCGGCGUGGCGCAGGCGUACGCUACCAUGGGCUUCUGCACCUGCAUGAAGACGGUCGAGAUCACCAAACACAAGGUGGCCGCGACGGGCGUCAAGCCGCCCGGAACCUGGGCCACUUUCAUGGACAUCUGGCGCCGCGAGGGCAUCCGGGGCAUCAACAAGGGCGUCAACGCCGUGGCCAUCCGCCAGAUGACCAACUGGGGUUCCCGUUUCGGUCUCUCACGACUGGCCGAGCAGGGGAUCCGCAGGGCAACGGGCAAGGAGCACGGCGAGAAGCUGAGCGCCGUUGAGAAGAUCAGCGCUUCCGCGGUUGGUGGUGGCUUGUCUGCGUGGAACCAGCCGAUCGAGGUUAUUCGUGUCGAGAUGCAGAGCAAGAAGGAGGACCCGAACCGCCCCAAGAAGAUGACGGUCGGGAACACGUUCAGGUACAUCUACCAGACAAACGGCCUGAAGGGCCUGUACCGUGGUGUCGCCCCCCGCAUCGGCCUGGGUAUCUGGCAGACGGUGUGCAUGGUUGCCAUGGGUGAUAUGGCUAAAACCUACGUUGAGAAGUUGACCGGCGAGGCUGUCACUGUAAAGCAUUAG